UAUGACAUCCCAAAAUGGCAGCCCGUAGUAGUCAUGUCGAAUCGAGGUGUUAUAUUCUUUGUUUACCUUAAAUUUAUGUUUCUCCUUUAUAUUUUCUGAUUUAUAUGUGACAUAAUAAAAUGUUAAUGGACACUCUAGACUUAAACAGUUGUUUGAAUUUAUACAAGUGUGUGAUUUGACGUAAAACAAGUGAUACCAGUCUCACCUUGUAAAGAGAAAAUGGGGAACUGUUUUAGUAGCACGGGAGAAAAGGAUUCCAAAAAUAAAAAUGAAAGGGUCAAUCCUCAUGAGGAAGAUCCUAGACAAUUUCAGACACCAGUUCCUACGCCCCCUCCGGAUCCAAUAAGAUCUACGGUGAAUCAGGGCCCAGAUACAAGCGAGGUCCCUCCCACCCGAAUAUUUGUUGCCCUGUAUGAUUACGAUGCAAGGACCGAUGAGGACCUUAGUUUUAGAAAAGGGGAACAUUUGGAAAUCCUUAACGAUACACAGGGAGACUGGUGGUUAGCUAGAAGCAAGAAAACCAAACAUGAAGGCUACAUUCCAUCGAACUAUGUCGCCCGCCUGCAAUCUAUUGAGGCCGAGCCAUGGUAUUUCCGUAAAAUAAAGCGAAUCGAAGCUGAAAAGAAACUGCUUCUGCCAGAAAACGAACAUGGUGCUUUCCUCAUCCGAGACUCAGAGAGCCGUCACAACGACUUCUCAUUGUCAGUACGAGAUGGCGAUACGGUGAAGCAUUAUCGCAUCAGACAGCUAGACGAAGGUGGAUUCUUCAUCGCCAGGCGCACCACUUUCCGGACUUUGCAAGAACUGGUCGAGCACUACAGCAAGGAUGCUGAUGGUCUCUGCGUGUCCCUCAGCAAGCCUUGUGUACAGGUAGAGAAGCCUGUCACAGAGGGACUAUCGCACAGAACACGUGACCAGUGGGAGAUCGAUCGCUCAUCCCUGAAAUUUGUUCGAAAACUCGGCCAUGGACAGUUCGGUGAAGUGUGGGAAGGAUUAUGGAAUAACACGACUCCUGUUGCUAUCAAAACCCUCAAAUCUGGUACAAUGGAUCCGAAAGACUUCCUGGCAGAAGCUCAGAUAAUGAAAAAACUACGACACAGUAAACUUAUUCAGUUGUACGCUGUGUGUACUCUCGAAGAACCGAUUUAUAUCAUCACCGAAUUGAUGAAGAAUGGCUCUCUAUCGGAAUAUUUACAAGGUAAAGGUCGCGGCCUGAAGCUUCAGACGCUCAUCGACAUGGCGGCACAGAUCGCGGCCGGCAUGGCGUACCUUGAGUCUCAAAACUACAUCCAUCGCGAUCUUGCAGCUAGAAAUGUACUCGUGGCUGAAGCCAAUAUCGUCAAGAUUGCUGAUUUUGGUCUCGCUAGACUUAUAAAGGAGGACGAAUACGAGGCCCGCGUGGGCGCUCGAUUCCCUAUCAAGUGGACCGCACCGGAGGCCGCUAACUACAGCAAGUUCUCCAUUAAAUCCGACGUUUGGUCCUUCGGUAUCCUUCUCACCGAACUCGUUACUUACGGCCGGACACCUUAUCCAGGUAUGUCGAACGCAGAAGUCUUACACCAAGUAGAGCACGGCUAUCGCAUGCCAUGUCCACCCAACUGCCCUGCGGAGCUUUACAACAUAAUGCUAGAAUGCUGGAAUAAAGACGCCCUCAAGCGACCCACGUUUGAAACCCUUCAGUGGAAACUUGAAGACUUCUUCACAAUGGACAACUCCGAGUACAAGGAGGCAUCGGCCUACUGA